ACACAAAGAAUUCCUCGUACAAAACAAGAUAUAUACAACUUAACCCAUAAAAACUUAACCCAAUACAAAAAUAUCGUGUUUCCAUAUUUUUAAUUCCCGUAAUAAUCCCUUCCAAUUCAUCUACGAGGGAAGGAAAAAUACGUAUCCACCUCCCCGAAAAAAAAUCUCUCAACGACGACGAGCAAACGAUAGAUCCAGAUAGAUCCGAUCAUCGUCCGAACGAUCCCUCGAGCCGGGCUCAUUUUUCGCUCUAACAAGUCCCCGGAGGAUCGGUUUAGAGAACGCGGUUUCCGGUGCACGCGCGGCCUCGGUUUCGACAAGCCAGGUCGAAGCUUGGAUUUCUGGCUUCAACGCCGAGGAGGGAGGGGGAGGAGAAGGGAGUUGUCGAGGAGGCGAGUGUUGCGAGGGAUCGACGGGACGGUUGAAUGGACACUCGCCUGUAACACAAUUACCGGGAUGUUAAUUUACCCAAUAAUCGCGGAAGCAACCCCUCCCCCCGUCUAAAUGCCGGCACGCGCCGCUUCCCCUUCCGUCGCCGCCUAAAAUAGAGAGGAUAUAUCGGGGGGAGGAGAGAAAUGCGGGGUUUUACGGACGAUUGUCGACGUCGUUACGCGAACGUUUUGCCAAACAGGUCGGGCGGGAAAGGAAGGAAGUUUGGCAAAUGUUCCAGGAUGGAUUGAUAUAAUAAUAAUAAUAAUAAUAAUAAUAAAACAAACACUGUUGCGGAAAUAACAUAACCGAAUUGGGUAAUUCGUCGAGUCGAGCGGAGGAAGAUGGGGAGAGGGGAGGUUUGUUUUCAAAUUAUAAGGGAGGUGGAGACGUGUAACUUUUUGAUAAUUGGGGGAGGGAAGGUGUCGAGGAGCAGGAAAGGAUCGUUUAGAUUUAUUUAUCGGGCGUAAAAAGGAGGAGGAAAUGUGCAGAAAUUCGUAUCUAUUUCGGUUGAGCAAUUAGCGGUUACGUUUGAAUGGAAAAAUCGCAUUACGACGUAAUGCUAUAAUAACUCGAUCGAUCGAGAGGUGCUCCUAGAGUAGUGCUGCGAGAUACGGAGGAUGAUACGCGGAGGAGGAGAUAUAGAGAGAGAGGCCAUUUAUUUUGGACGCGCAUUCCAAGUGUGUAUACAUGGUGCACAUCGUCCAACGAGUAAAUCUAAUUUGACACCCCCUCCUCCUGAUACGCAUCCUCCAUACUUUCGAGACUCAAUACAGACGUAUUGACUCGUGAAAAAAGCCUUUAUAUGCUUCAAUGCAGAUGGAGGAUCAAUACUUAGGAUAUAGAAGAAGAAGAAGAGAAAAAAGAAAGAAAAGAAAGGAGGAAAGAGGAGAGGAAAAGCGUGAUGAAACGCGGCAAACAGUGGACAAAUGAAAAAUGCCCUCUCUCUUUUCUCCCUUUUCAUUCGGAGAAACUUUUUAAUAGAAAAAAUUAUUAGUUUUCCGCGAAAAAGGCCUCCUACGGGGUCUUGGAAAAAUAAAACAUUAAACACGAAUUUGAGAGAGAGAGAGAGAAAAACUCGUCGUUCGCACGAUUCAUAAACCAUCUAUCGUAUAUUUCCAUUUCCCCAUUUAUAUUGCAUCUCAUUCGAAAUUCUCACAAACGAUUAUUCGACUUUGAUCGUCUCAAUCUCGAAUUUUCACUCGACACGAACGCGAUAAUAUACGUAAUCGAAGAGAAAGAAAAAGACGAUCGGAAACGUUAGAAAAAGAAGAAGAAGAGGAGGAAGAAAGAAUAAGAAUAAAAAGAAAGAAAGAUAAAGGCGAAAGAAAUACAAUUUAAGCGGUAGGUAAAGUUACCUCAAAGGUACACGCGUGAACACCGUCAUCGCGCAGUCGAUGUGAAUGCACAACGACACGGGGAACCACGAAUACAGAGAGCACCUCACCUUCCUCCUCCUCCUCCUCCUCGACCCUCCACCCUUUCCCUUUCAGAUCCGGGUUGCUCCGGGGUUGCAAGGGUGAGAGAUAGAGCGGCGCUGGCCUAGGAGAGCCCGUAUCCAUGGAAACGGCGCCGCUGGUACCGCCCCGCGUGCGCCGCGGGGCCAACCGUUGCGACGACAGGCGCCGCGACGCCGACCAAUGCCUGGAUGUCGCCUCCAACCCCUGCCCGCCUACCCCCUCGCGAUAUCCGCUUCCGAGCUUUACUUAUCUUGGCCAGUUAGAGCGGCUGAGGGUGGAGAUGAUCGCGGAGGGGGGUGAGGCAAGUUGAAUCGCCUUGAAUCGCGCACCGAUACUCCCUAAACGUCCACGUCGAGACGAGGCGACGCUCCGUCGUGCCUGCCUACCUACCUAUCGUGCCUACCUCAGCGAGACCACUUUUCUUUCCCGCAGAUUGGCGGACUACCUUUUUCAAUUCAAUUACAAUUUUCUUUCUUUCCUUCCUUCCUUCCUUCCUUCCUUCCUUCCUUCCUUCCUUCCUUCUUUCUCUCCUCUUUCUCCCUUCCCUCUCACCUCCUUCGCCAGCCACCUCGCCCGAGGAUUCCGCCAAAAUUCCAGCUCCGGGAAAAAAGGGGGAGAGGAGGCGCGUCUCCUUGGAAUUUCGUGUGGACCUUUGGAAAAUACGUGCGAAUACGUGCGAAGGAAAUUGUGAUUUUGGAAAUUUCGGAAGGGGAAGGGGGUGGGGGAGGGAGGAACAGGCGUCGGGAAAGAUCGAUCUUCGAGAUCACGCGGGCUCGUCGCGGGAAGCGAGGCGAAGUGAGAAGAGUCGUGUCGCGCGGAUGUGGUGUGUGCUUCUGUUUCGUCAACAUUUACUCGCGAAGAAUAAGAAUAAUCGUGAGAGAGGUAAAUAAUCGGUGGUGGCAGAGACUUAUAUAAGAAGAUACGUAGAUCGAGGGAAAUUGAAAGUUUGUCGGAGAUGGAGGAUUCCAAGGAGCGAGGAUGAAGCGAGAAGAAUCGAAAGGGGAUUUGGUUGGUGAGAAAUUUUGAAGGAUCGUCCAUCCAGGCAGAGCCGAGUUGGGAGGAAGAUCGGUCGCGAGAACUAUGUAAGGGUGCUCGAACGCAAUUUCGAAGGGUCGAAAAUAAGGUAUUUUCGCAAGAGAGAAAGAUGCAGUCGACUUGCCAGCAACAGCAGGCCCAGCCAGGUCAGAACGGGACAUCAGCGAGCAGAACCUCGUUUUUGAUCGAAGACAUUUUGAGCCGUGGCACGGCGCCCCCGCAUUCCCAUCACCAGCUUCACCACCAACACCUCGCGUCCGCCCACGGGGUGCAGCAUCAACAAUACCAACAAUUCGCCAGUUUGUUGCCCGGUUACCCUUCCGCACCACCCACGGCCACUUUCUUCCUCGGCCCGCUUUUCGGUAACACCGCAAUGGGGGUUGGAGUGGUGCCGGGAGUUACUGAACUCGCGGCCUUGAAGCACUGCCGCCGACGAAAGGCAAGAACAGUGUUCAGCGACCAACAAUUAGCGGGUUUGGAAGCUAGAUUCGAGGUGCAGAGGUAUCUGAGCACGCCGGAAAGGGUCGAGCUAGCGGCUGCUCUUCACCUAUCGGAGACCCAAGUGAAAACGUGGUUUCAAAACAGGCGGAUGAAGCAUAAGAAACAAUUGAGGAAAUUGAACACCAGCGCGGGAAGCAAUGGAAAUCAGAAUUCCAAUCAGCAGUGCACCGGCCAAUCAGUUUCUGUUACGUCACCCGCCGAACGGCCGGUGGAUUUCUCUCUGAGCGGCGGGCGGGAGUCACGGGCGAGCAGUGACGCGCCAGUAGAUUCGGACGACGACGAAAUCGAUGUGCUGGGCGACGAGACGCCAUCACCUACGCGAACGACCAACAUCCACGUUUCCAGACGCACCACCGGUUCACCGACCGGUUUUCAUCAGAUCACUUACCGCCAUUCCGUCACUUUGUCUCACCAACCCCAACAGCCCAUUCAACGUGCUCAACAUCGCUGAAACGAAACGGCGGAAAGAUGAUGAUGAUGACGAUGACGAUGUCGCACAGGAAAUGGAAGAUUCGAGAAGAGACUCGAGAGUGUUAUGACUAUGCGAAUCUUAUCUAGUUGAUCGGAUUCGUCCUUGUUCGUUGUGCAAUCGCUGUUUUUAAACGAAAUUUUUAAACGAGAAGUCUGUGUUUAUUAUUACGAGAAAUAGUGCAAUUCGACGUGGAAACGGUGCGGUUUGACUCUCUUUGUAAAUUUCGUUUUCGUAAGAAUUAUUUUCUUUAUUUAUUCGUCCAUUUAUUUAUUUCCCAUUCGUUUCGAGAGAUGUAAAUUUGUGAGACGAACCAAGUUGAAGGACGUAAUAAAACUGUGGAGAAUUAUCCGUAAAACGAAAUGACACUUCAUAGUGAGCUCUAUGUUUAAUAAGAUAGGAUUAUAAGAGGAGAAACGUUUCUUCUUUCGAGAAAUCUUCGAUCGACGAGGGACGAGGAAGCAAGAUCGAUGAGGCAAGAUUUGGAUAAAGAACGUUCGUGAUCGCGUAAUGUACAAGUGUGAAGCUGUGUAAGAGUAAAGAAAAGUUGGUAGAAAGAAGAGAAAGAAAGAAAAAGGAUAAGAACUCGAAAGGCGAGACGAUGUAGAAAGUGUAAACGACUUGUAAAUGACUCUCUAGUGAUUUAGAGUCUAGUCGAUCUCUUGCGACACUUUUUAUAGCGAGAUGCCGUAAUAAAACUAGUCUGUUUUCGAGUUACUUUUUAUAGCGAAGUAGAAAGUUAGCUUCAAGUUGGGAUUAAAAUGUCAUAAUGUA